UGUACCUCAUUGAAACCAGCUUGCCUACAAGGAAGUCAACCCCUCUCCAUCCCCUCUAGUACAGUACAGCCUCCUGCAGCCCUGCGAAGGGCUUGACACACUCAGCUCCAGUCUGCUGGCAGUGGGGGGGAAAGAACACACAAAAAACAAGCAGAGGGAGAGAAAAAAGACGGACUUUAACCAGGAAGCGCGAGGAGAAGGCACUUGGGUGGAGAAGAAAAGUCUUCUUCAGGUGUGAUUCCGAGGACCAAACUCUGACCUGAAGCCUGGGACCUCCCACUAUGGAACACCUGCUUCUUCUGAUGCCCCUCCUGGUUCUGGUGAGCAGCGAACUGCCAUUUGUACAAAGAGGCUUCUGGGACUUCUCCAUGGACGAUCCCUCUGUCCAGGAAGAGGAAGAGGCUUCUGGGAUCUCUCCUACUUCGAGUGGGGCUGAGGAAGAAGAAAUCCCUUUCUACCCAGGCCUCUGUCCCUUUGCCUGUCAUUGCCACCUAAGGGUGGUCCAGUGUUCUGAUUUGGGUCUCAAGCAAGUGCCCAAGGAAAUCUCGCCAGAUACCACAUUACUAGAUCUGCAAAACAACCAGAUUACAGAGCUGCGCAAAGAUGACUUUAAAGGGCUCUACCACCUAUAUGCUUUGGUACUGGUGAACAAUAAGAUCUCCAAGAUCCAUCCAAAGGUUUUUAGCCCUUUGCUUAAGCUGCAGAAACUCUACAUCUCCAAGAACAACUUGGUGGAGAUUCCUCCUAACCUGCCCAUCUCCUUGGUGGAACUCCGGAUCCAUGAGAACAAAAUCAAGAAGAUCCCCAAGGAUGUCUUCAAUGGGCUCCACAACAUGAAUUGCAUUGAGAUGGGUGGGAAUCCCCUGGAGAACAGUGGAUUUGAACCUGGUGCCUUUGAUGGCGUAAAGCUGAACUACCUGAGGAUCUCAGAAGCAAAGCUCACUGGUGUACCGAAAGACCUGCCUGAAACCUUAACUGAGCUACAUCUGGACCACAACAAGAUCCAAGCAAUUGAAUUAGAGGAUCUGAUCCGCUACUCCAAAGUCUACAGAUUGGGCCUCGGACACAACAAUAUCCGCAUGAUUGAGAAUGGCAGCCUCACUUUCUUGCCUAUCCUACGCGAGUUGCAUCUGGAUAACAACAAGCUGUCAAGAGUCCCCCCAGGAUUGCCUGAUCUCAAGUUUUUGCAGGUGGUGUACUUGCAUUCCAACAACAUUACUCAUGUUGGCGUUAAUGAUUUCUGCCCUGUAGGCUUUGGGGUAAAGCGUGCCUCGUACCAUGGAAUCAGCCUUUUUGCCAACCCUGUACCUUAUUGGGAAGUUCAACCAGCUACCUUCCGCUGUGCCACUGACCGCCUGGCUAUCCAGUUUGGCAACUACAGAAAAUAAAAAUAAAAAUAAAAAAUAAAUGAGGGAGGGAGGGAGGGGUGGUCAGAGGGACAAGAUAAACCCAAUGGGGAAACAAGAGGGUGGGAAUGGGUAGGGGGAGGUGAAUAAGGAGAUGGUGAAACAAGGACCAUUCUGGAGAAGUGGGAGUCACUGGUAAGAUCAUGCAAGCAAAAAGUCAAGGAUUGUUGACUUCUACAAGCCAACCAGUGUCCAGGAUAGAGCAAGGGAUGGGAAGGAAGUACACGGAGAAAAGGGAAGGGAAAUAGGUGAAGAUCUUACCACAUGGUCCAUUUUACUAGCCUACAUUACUCCUGCAUUUGAAAUCAACUCAUUAUGACCUGCAAACAAGCACUGGCUUUCUAGUUCUGACAGGUUUGAUGCUACUGCUGGCUUGUCUGGGGCAGAAUGGGGGGUGGGGGUGGGGGAUUGAAGGGAUUCUGGGCCCUGGUUUGUUUGCAUGAGCAGUCAGCUCUAUCUGACCUGCCACACCCAUAUAUUGUGGAUUCAUGAAUUGACUUAUGUGCCCCCUGAGUUUAGCAGCUUGCAGUAUGGAAGUCACUUUCUGACCGCAACCUUCAUAUGUUAUAGAAUGUGUUGGGUGACCAAAUGAAUUCUGUUUCUGCAUUUCUUUAACCUGCAAAAUCAGCCUCUGUAUAUCUUUUUUUAAACAAAAAACAAAAAAGAGGAAGGCACCUCUAUAUAGUGUACAUCAAUCUUAUACCAAUUAAACUAUCAUGGCUCCUGCCAAAGUAUCCUGGGAAUAGUUUGGUGAGCUGGCUGCAAAACCUAAACAAUUCCCAAGAUUCCUUGGGGAAAGGAAAUGAUUAAACCAAUUUAAACUUCUAGUGUGGCUUUUAUAAACCUAAGCCUUUAGCCACUGGCAAUUUGGCUUCUAAAUCAGUGUGAUUGGAGAAAUACCCAUUAUUCUGCUCUUUAUUACCAUCUUCAUUGAAGAAAAAUGGAGUUUUUAAAUUAUCCUAUGCAAUAUAAGUGUCUUGACAUCUGGAAAUGGUUGGUGCUUGAGAAGAUUAAGAUGUAAGCAAACUUAAUGUGGGAUUCUUGGCCUCAUCCAGAAAUCCAACAGUAUAUAGUAGUCCCUAGUUUCAGCUCAGAUCACAGCACGCUACCCUUUGUCCAACUUGGAUCUAUUACCACAGCAAGUAGGAAAUUUCAGCAAGAUUGGGCAGAUGAUGGGAGAAACAUCACCCCCUUUUUAGAUUCUUUCUCUUGGAGUAAGGGAGACCCAGCAUGCCUCAUCUUCCAACUAGCACAUCUUAUGUCAAAGAAGAAGACAUCAGAGAGUGUCUUGUGGCUGGGGGUAGGGUGGGGGGUUGCAGAGAAGAUCUGGAAGGAUUUUCUCAGUUCACUGUCUGUCAGGCCCAGGGCAAGAAUGACCAAGAUCCAGUCCAGCCAAACUUCAGUUCUUUAUUUCCUAACGCCGUACAGACAGAAUCUUGCCAGACAAAAGCUACUCUGCCUAGCCUAAGGGGAAAUAACCUGGGAGAGCUCUAGGGUGGGGCUAUUCUGAACCUCUUGGUUUUCCCACAAUCGCCUCUAGGACUAUGUUUUCUCUUAUCUCUUCCACCUUCCUGGAAUGUGCUCCCUCCUUCCUGAGAACCAGCGGCUCUGCUGAAAUCCACCACGCUGUCCCCCUUCUUCUCUACCUCUCCUGAGUUCUGCCUUCACUUACUCUGGAAAAGUGAAGUGGGGAGUAGGUCCCUGAGGCCAAGUUCCCCUCAAAUUGCUUGAAUAUCAUUAGAUGUACAGCCCCUUGUAUGGUUCCCCGAGGCCCAGACUAUCAAGAUGCAUUUAGAGGAGGUGUUCAUUGCUGGGUCUCCCUGCUGUAUUCAGAGAAUGUACAGAAAGGUUCAACAAUGCUGUCCUACACUGGUAACUCACCUGUCUUUUCCAAUCUAGUUUUAUGUCUUAGAUGAACAUUUAGAAAAAUCUGCUGUGGAGGUAAAGAAUGAAAUAGUUGCAUGAUAUCUUUGGAUUGGUAACCCUGAGAAUCCUUUUGUCCAAAAGACUCAGAGUUAAUGGAGAUGGGCCAAUUGGGGUACACUGUUCAGCUCCAAUCUGAUUCAUUGAUUUGAGAUUUGAAUUGUUAAUUUGAUUAAUGUUUGAACUGAUUCAAGAAAUUGAGUCUGUUUGAUUUUCUGAAUUAAAGGGUGGGGGGAGGAAAAGAUUUCUGCCCAUGCUCAAAAGCCAUUCUGAAUAGGCGAAUCAAGUUGUCAGGCAUCUUGAUUGUUUGAUCCAAAUUGUCAGUCUGAUUUGGAAGUUAAUUUAAUUCAGAGAUGCAGUCUGAUUGUUACAUAAUUGAAUCUCCAAAGUGAAGCUUUUGCACAAUCCUAUUAUAUAAUAGAGAGCCAGCUGGGUGUAGUGGUUAAGGCACCAGGCUAGAAACCGGGAGACCCUGAGUUCUAGUCCCGCCUUAGGCACAAAGCCAGCUGGGGACCUUGGGCCAGUCACUUUCUCUCAGCCUUAGGAAGGAGGCAAUGGCAAACCACUUCUGAAAAACCUUGCCAAGAAAACUGCAGGGACUUGUCCAGGCAGUCUCCGAGAAUCAGACAUGAUUGAACGGAUUAAAAAAUAUAUAUAUAGUAGAUAAGGGCAGGAAAUAGAUAGCAAUGGAGUUUGCGAAAAUAGAAUGGGUAAAAAUAGAGCAUUUGAACCACAGAGGUUGAGGAUAGUACCUACUGGAUCAGGAGAAGAACCCAUCUCUGCCUGGUGCCAUAGAAAUGGAACCUGAAGGACAUGGAAAAUGAGGCCAGAAGCAGCAGCCCCAAAAUAUUGCUCUUCUAUUCCUCUCUCUGGAGAAGGCUUGACUUUUUGGGUGGUUGUGAUUUAGCACUAUUCCACAAGAAGGCAGUGGCAAGCCGUUUCCAUAACCUUGCACUGAGCUUGACCCAAGGAAGACUUUAUCAUUUCACAGUUGUGGACUGAUAAUUCUUUUUUGCUCAAUCCACCCUGAUACCAUUAAGCAGCAGAUCUUCGGCCCAGAGAAGGAACUUCGAACCCAGAAAUGUCAGGCCAGCUCUGAGCUAUGACAAUUGCAACCCUAAUUCAGAGCGCAGGUCUCCUGACCAAUGUUUAAUUGUGGGGGUUUAUUUUUGUCUCAGCCAGGGGCUGGGGAGAAAGGAAUGUAGGAAAUCUCCAGACACCUCUGAGAAAAGCAGAGAGAAUGUUUGUGGCUACAAGCCUUGGGUAAAACAAUUUUCAUUUCCAGGUAGAUAUCAGAAGGGACGUUCUUAGAAGCAGUGCCGGAUUUUAGGCUUAAGCCAAACAAGGUACAGUUUAGGGCCUCACAAUCUGCAAGGCCUCACAAAAUUUCAGAAUAUCAGUUUUCUGAUUUUGCAAACACGUUCAUUAUGACUUAUAUUAAUAAAAGUAAUUUUGUCAGCAUUUUGUAUAUACAUUCAUGUUUCUUAAAAUUAUUUUAAAAAUUAGAUUUAAGUGUUGUUUCCAGGGUGUUCUAUAUUCUAAUCUAUGAGAGAGAUCAAGCCAGCCAAAUGAUAAAUAUGGAAUCAGUAAAUGCACUCGUUUGAAUGUUUUUUUUCGCUUUAAAUACCGUACUAUUGAAUAUUUAAAGGCAUACACACACACACACAAACACACACACAGAGUAUAUUCAAUUUUUUGUGGCAAUCCAAGAUCCUGUUUCGGUACGCACCUUAGUGAGAUCUGGUCUAGCUUUUUAACAAGAGAUGUCCAAGCUUUUUAUAGCUUAGGGCCUCACCAAGUCUAAAUCCGGCACUGCAAGAAUGCAAGAAGGCUGAGCCUAUGAGAAGCUAUGAGAAACAGAAUUAAACACAUGUAUGAACGUACUUACACACACACAUACACACACACACAAUUUUUAUUGAAAGUUUUAACUACAAUAGUAAGAACUAAUACAAACUAAAGUAGAAUGAAAAAAUAAGAAAGAGAAAGGGAGGAAUAAAAGAAAAAACUAAAAGUGCAAAAAGAAAAAAGGUAGAAGAAAAGUAGAAAAAAGAUAAAAGAUAAAGACAGAUAUAAAAAAGUCGCUUCUGAUCUCCUUCAUAGCAGUUAUAGAUACAAUUAUAUUUUUAACCCCUCAGAGUCCCUCUUCAGGGGGAGAUGGGCAGUAGUAUAAAUUUGAGAAAUAAAUAAAUAACCUCUUUAAAGUUACACCAUGACUCUCUUCUUUCUAUAAUCCAUCCUGUCUAAUCACCAAACCAUAAAUCACAAGUUCAUUUUUUUCUUUUUUAUGCAAAAAGUCCAUACGGGGUUUCCAGUCACCAAUAAAUGUAUGCAUUUACACCUGCAUGCACGCACACAUAUACUGUAGGCCUCAUCAAUGAAGGUUCCUAUAUCACUGCUAACUUUUUUGCAUGGCUUCUUAAGAUCUCUUUAUCAACUGGCAAAAGUUGUAUGUGCAUACAAAUAGUGUUAAGCUGAGGCUGCAGAGAAAUAAUUUGAGAAGGCAAAAUCUCCUUUUGCUCACUUCCUGCCUCCCCUCUCUUUUAUAGUCCAGAAAUGCAUGAUGGAAUAAAGGGAAGCUUUAUUUUUCAGCCUAUUUGCUCCUCCUGCAUCCUAUAGUGCCAUGCUGUGCAUGGUCACUGCAUCGCCAAUUACAUUGCACAGGGCAAUCUCUGGGACUUCAUCUCUACUGCAUUAAUGUUAAAUGAACAGCACUGCAAUGCCUUGAAUUGCAUUAUCAUGUUUUUAAACUGUCACCAGGUGGAACAACGGCAAUAGUUAACCAUUCAAUACAAAAACUUUUAGUUAAGGGAAAGGAUACAGCAAUGGGGGUGGGGAAGGAAUCAGGGCAGUUGCCCAGGUAUGAAUUCUUGAUUUCACCCGUGUGUUCUUCUAUCUUACAGAUUGCUUGCAUUCUCUUGGUGACCUUUUUAGAACAAUAACAUCUCUUUUCACAAACAAUGGUGCCCAUUUCCUGCAGAAUCUUGUAGCUGAAAUCUGCCUAGCUGAGAGUUUUAUGCCUAAACCUUUGUCUUUCUGUCUGGGUGCAAGAAAUGUCUUCAUAGCUUUGUCCUUCCUCCUGUUAAAAAGAAGUAGUACAUUUGUGGGUUUUAAAAAACAUGUUUUGAGCCCUGUGCAAUAUUGACUUCUGUAGAGUCAAUUUAAAAUUAGCAAUAAUUGCCACCUUCAAGCUAGUAUCAUUGGGGUUAGUGAAUAGAACAUCUUUCUGAUUUAGAAACAGUGCAGGUCAGGCACAGACAGGGAAACCAAAAGCAGCUUUGUACCCUUACUUUCUUUACAUGUCCAUGUAAACCUAGGAUAUUUUUUAUAUGUCCACCAAAAAAUAUAAAGUUUGUAAGUGGCAAAAAGGUAGAUGAAAACAUACAUAACCUGCUGUUGAAUAUUGUAAAUGAUAUGGCCAUUUAGAUUACUACAUGCAAAUGCAUUUUUGACCGCAAUAAACUUUUGGUGGACAGCA